UCGCCUAUAUCACUAUUUACUAAUUUUUAGAUUUUUAGAAGCUUCAAACACACAUUUGACCUCUAGACGUCAAUGACAGUUCGUCAGCAAUGACUGAGUUGGUAACAGCAGGUGGAAAAUAUAUAUUCGACGUGUUUAAAAGUAUAACACCCGGGCAAACGGUCAAAGAAAUAGAAACAGUUAUUGUCAAAGAAAUGUCUGUUCAACAACUCCCAAGGUUCUUUGUCCGAGUUGCUGGCCUAUCUGGUGCCAGUGCAGUUGUCUUGGGAGCUUAUGGAGCACACGCUUUUAAUGAGACUGCUGAACCAAAGAUGAAAAUUGUCUAUGAGACAGGAAGUAAAUACCAUUAUAUCCACACCAUUGCCCUCUUAGCAAGUCCUAUGUGCAGGAGACCAAUCUUGGUGGGAUCGUUACUUUCCGUCGGCACGUUGCUCUUUAGCGGGAGUUGUUAUUAUCAUGCUCUGACUGGAAACACAAAAGUAAGGAAAGUGACACCAUAUGGAGGAGUGAUUCUUAUUCUAGCCUGGCUGGCUAUGGUUUUAUAGGACAUUGUUUUGGACAGCUAGUGUAAUAGACCAGGUGGUGACCAUUGGUUACAUCACACCGGUUUUCAACAUUACGGGACUCCGAUCGUCAGGGCAGCGAAAUUCCUCUGUACAUCACAAUUCUAAAUCUAUUGAGUAACUUAUUACUGUAACGAUAUGCAUUUUGAUAAAAUUAAUCAUGUUAAUGUGUUAAUGUAUCGAUGAGCAUGAGUGUAUUUUGCAGCUUUGUUGAAAUUGUAAUUUUAAAGUGAAUUUGACAUUUUUCAAUCAUGUAAAUACACAUUCAACAUAAAUUUCAGCAUUUCCAUUGUGUACACCAAUAUAGAUGUACCCUAUUUGUUCAGCGGUAGUGUCUAUUUACAUGAAGCACAAGAAAAUACAAUGAAGACAAUGCUGUAUGCCUUUAAAUUUGUAGGCUAGUAUGUGAAUUAUGUUGUGCUACUGUUCAUAAAUAAAAGCUCUGGUGAGGAA